UUGGAGGAGCGGAGAGGAGGCUGUGAGGUAAUAGCGCGCAGGAGGGGGUGUCGGUGGUGGAGAGAGAGACGGGAUAUAGGACGGGCAUCGCACAGAGGUUUGGCUGCAGACUCGCCGGGAUCCCUUUCGCCGCCUCGCCCUCUCCAGACGCAUCAGAGAGUUGUUUGACGUUACAACAGAGGAAGAGGAAAGUGAGGACGAUCGUAACGAGACACCUUCAGGUUUGGUGGUUAAAACGACUCUACCCAGCUGCGGGAACCAUGGAUUUUGUAAUGAAGCAAGCUUUAGGUGGGGCCACCAAGGACAUGGGUAAGAUGCUCGGUGGGGAGGAGGAGAAGGAUCCGGAUGCGGCUAAGAAAGAAGAGGAGCGACAGGAGGCACUGAGGCAACAGGAGGAGGAGAGGAAGGCCAAACAUGCCCGCAUGGAGGCAGAGCGGGAAAAAGUACGGCAGACUAUCAGGGACAAGUACGGCUUGAAAAAGAAGGAGGAGAAAGAGGCGGAGGAGAAAGCAGCCAUGGAGCAGGCCUGUGAGGGAUCGCUGACCCGCCCGAAGAAGGCAAUCCCAAGAGGCUGCGGAGACGACGAAGAGGAUGAGGAGAGCAUCCUCGACACCGUCCUCAAGUAUCUGCCCGGACCUCUACAGGACAUGCUCAAGAAGUAAAAGAAAGAGAAAGCCAAGCAAAUCAAACGAACCCUAGAUUCAGGGUCCGUUCUGGCCUGGGCCAGGCUGCAGGGCAAAGGGGAAGCAGGGAUCUUUGGGGCGGGACUUUUUGUGGAGACUGAAUGUCAGAUGGGUUUGAUUGUAGAUGUUUGGGUUGUAAAAUUUGGCGAGAGCAAAAUGGAUGUGGGACGGGAGAGGGGGUUGGGGGGGGGGGGGUUCUCAAACUUUUAGAGGCUGCACACUGCCUUUGUAGAGACAUUUUACUUUAUUCUUUUCUACUCCUCAGAGAUUGCAUUAUUUGGAUUUUGUUUUGCUGCGUCAUCCUUUUAACUGCCAGGUAGUGCAUGGUUUGUCCUUUUCUUAUUUCCGUUUUAUAUUGAUUUAGACUGAAGCACUUGUCUCGUUCCUAUAACAGAGGACAACAUUCCACAAUGCACACAUUUUAAAAGAGCACUGCCACCAUGUUUUCCAGCCAUCUAUGAGUCAUCGUAGUGGCUAUUUUCUACUUUUACAAGCCUGGAGAAGGUCUUUCAAUGACAUUUACUACAUUAGAGAAGUUUUUAGGACACGUGCCUUCAUGUCAUCUCCUCUUGCAGAGGAAGUCGUGAGUGGGGGUUUAAUUUUUGAGUCAGUUGGAAUGAUAUAUUUUGUGUUACAAUAGCGCUAUUUUUCACACAAAGUCAUUCAGGAAAUCCUGGAAGAGGCUGUUUUGUUUCACAAAAAAUCCCAGACAGCUCAUUAGACUGCCAUACUGUUUAAAAAAAAUCAAAGCAAAAUUCAACAUCUUAAACGGGCUAAAAAAUUGGGAAUUUUAAUGAGGAAAAGUUAGGAUAUUCUAGCAGAUCUUCCACAAACCUUUGAAUAGUUUCCUUUUUGUCUUGUUUAACAGUUGGAAAGAAGUAAAAACAAAGUCAUCAUAAUUCUAGCAGUCCGAUCCACUUAGACAAUCAAACACCUCACAACUGAGAAACUAGUUUAUCACCUCUUCGCGCCUGUCAUUGAUGGGCGAUAAAUACUGCAGUUCCUAAUCUAAAUGACUUAUACAUAUUUUAUAAUCUUUUUCCUUCUUACAUUUAAAUGCAUAUGCGUAUCAGGUGAAGCUUGGGAGUACUGUUUCUUUUAUUUUGUUGACGUGCUGCAAAAAUGUAUUUCAGUGCAACCAAGAUUGUUAUUUUUCAAUGUUCACCUCGACUGAAGCUCACUGACAUCAAGACCAAAGAAAUCGUGGUGAGAUCUGUGUUUCUUUCGUCGCCACCAGUUCGCGCCCUGCAACUGAUUUCUUUGUAAGCGGGAGGCUUGCUGGUGAAAAACGCCGCCGUACCGCGUCGAAAAACAAAAGUUAAGGCCAAGCCGGAGGGGAGCGGGUGUGUGAGCUGUUGCAUCUCACUGCCUGGAGAGUUGAUAGUACUUCACAUUCCUGCAUCUCCUAAUCCAACAAAAUAUCGUAGUGAUUCGUCAAGCCGUAAAUGAGUAGAUGUAUUGCAAAUCAGCAACAAUCUCUAUUUAGUGAAAGUGACUGAAUAUUUAGACAUUUAUGGGUAAAACAAAGCAUGUUGGUCAUUCCUAAACAACCCGAUGACGAGUCUGUGGUUAGUUAUGCAGCGAUGUGGAAUUAAUACAUUGUCCCUCAAGUUUGUAACUUAGAAAAAAAAAUUAUAGUUAAAUAGGACUUAUGAUGAAGCUGCAAACCGUAAAACCUGUUUCUUUGUUUUACUCAUUUUCUAGCUCAGAUAGGACUUUUCACUAGACAAAGCCAUAUUGUUUAGACUGCAAUAAUUACUUAAAAUUAUUUAAAAAAAUUAUAUUUCAACAUUAAAGCUGUCUGAUGUUUGUUUUGUUCUGAAAUUAGACAAACGGUAUUGCCGUAUAUGUUUGUAAAUCUUGACCAAUUCAUUAUCUUGUAUACUUAACGUAUACAAAAGAAAAAUAUAUGGGGAAAAAAAGGUGUCUCUGUGUAUUGUAUGUGAACUGUGUGUGCGUUUUUACAAAUGUGUGUCUGUCUUUCUACAUGUCUGUGAAGUGAGAACAUGUUUGAUUCACGUAGUCCUUGUUUAAACUGUAAAUGUGUCUUUGAUCUCUAAUGUGCACAAGAAGAAGCUGAUGUGGUCUCCUAGUCGUGCCAUGUCUGAAGAAAAAAAAAAAGAUACUCAACACAUUCCUUUUAAAUAUUGAGCAUGCAAGUGUUUGGUAGAGACGAAAAUACACAGAAUGUCAUACACAAACAAAUAUAUGUGUUUAAUCUCGGGUUGCUGUUUCUGUAGGAGUCUCCAGGCAACAGAAUCUGUGAUAUCUGUAGAUCCAGAUAAUCGGCUUUAUCUUGGACUCGCUGAGUCUUUGAUGUGCUUUGCUAUCUGAGUUAAACAAGUGGAGGCUUCAUAGUUUGUAUUUCAUGGAUGUGAAAUGAAUCUAAGGGUGUUGAAAGCAGGAAACGAAUUAUGUUAUAUCCAAAAUAUAUUUAUUUUUUAAGAAAAAAAUAUAUAUAACAAAGAGGGUUUUUCCACCAAACCAUUUCCAGUACUAAACAGAUAUAAGCCCUUGCUUAAGCACACGUCUUAGCACCUCUACUGCCACAAGAUUGGGCUGUGGCCCUGAUAAACUGGUGGCAUCUUGGCUUCAAUUUAACAUUGGGCCAGAAGAAAGAAGCGCUUACUUCAGGAGCUGGAGAGUAGGUCAAGGAACCAGACAAACAAUCACUAUCUUAUAAGCCCCAUUUUCAAAACUUGCCUAAUUUAUGACCAAAGCACCAAUUUAUCAUGAACUAAAUGGGUUAGCAUUGGAAUCACAUGAGCUAGCAUGUAUUUAAAUACAGAUUUAAUUUUUGUUAUAAUUUUCAUGCAACUAGGAAGUGUGUGAUAGGAAAUGAGACAGGUAUCUCUUAUAAGAUAAUGAAAAGUAUGCAAAAGGGAUAUCAGUUUAUUAUGGUAAAGUUUGGACUCACCUUAUCAUUCAAUAGUUUGUCUUUACUUUCGUUACUACCUCUGGCAAUUCCUUCAAGACGGUUGGAAAACCACUUCAGGUGACUAACCUCAUGAAGAUCACAGAGAGAAGGCUAAGAGUGACCAAAGUAGUAAUCAAAAUUAGGGUAUUUAGAAAAAGCUAAAAUAUACAAGAUAUUUUGAGUAAUUUCACGACUUUGCGUUUGAUACAUAAUUGUAUAUACUUUUGAGUCAUAGUUUUGAUGUCUUCAAUAUCUAUCUGCAGAGUAGAAAGUCAUAAAAAAGGAAAAGCCAUUGAAUAGCAAAGGUGAGUCCAAAUAUAUAUGUUUCUUAUUUUCAAAUCAUUUUAAUGCAGCCUGCUGUAACUGGUUAAAUCCCCUGGAUGUAUUAUGUCCAAACAAAAAUUCCCAAAACGUCUUGUGCAUCUAAGGAAAGACCCCCCUUAGCUGCUUUGCAUGGAAACCUUCAGUAAACGUAUACACAUGGAAGCUGGAAAAAGGAGACCAUGAUCCUUGACUACCAUAUUGUCAUUGGCCCUUUGUGGAAACAACAGCCAUACAUCAUCUGUAUGUAAACGAGUCUCUCAGAGGGACUCAUCUCAAGGCGUCACUGCAGGUGAACUGCCUUUGAAAAGGGCUAUUACCAAGUCAUGUUUAUGUGAGAUUAGUGUUGCUUUUCCAUUGCAUCUGUGCUCGUCCUUAACUCAUCCUGGUAUGCGAGACGCAUAAAAAUGAAUAGAGUAGUUUUAAAGCAAGGUACUUUUCUUUUAUGGUUAGAAAAACAAUUGUUUCACAUGAAACAUUUGUGUUUUAAUGGGACAGAAGUAGAUCCAGGGGACUGAAGAUAAAAAGGUUUUGUGUAGGACAGGAAAUGAAGCCCAGAUACAUCCACUCCCUGCUGACGUUCCUCUAAAACAUCCUAAAUAUUAAUGUGAUGAUUACCGGGAAAAAUAUAACCAGGAAGACUGGAUUGUCAAACUAUGUUCUGUUGUCAGGAGCCCCAGAAACAACUAUUUUAAUAACCACAGUUUAUCUUCAACUAGUCAACAAGCAGCGAAGUUGGAGAACAUUUUGUAGAAUGAAAAGAAAUCUCAGAAUAAGCUUGGACCUUUUUGAAAGAGUUCACAACAUUUGUCUGAUAUCUAAAGCUUUGAUAUAAACGUACAGCCCUGCUGAAUUCUGCCAGUAAAUGAUGAAAUUUCUCAGUUGUCACCAUGUUUACUCUCCCGGUAAAGGAAAGAGACGUUCUGAUGAUCUCUUGAGUAACUUCGAACACAUUCCAGUCUUUGUUGGCAUUUUCACUACAAUAUGGUAAUACUGUUACACUGAUGGCUUUUUUGGCAACUGCAUGCAACUUUUUUUUUUUUUACUUUAGCCUUCUGUAAAUGAUGAAGGGAUAAACAGAGCAUUGUUUUAGAAAUUCACACAGAAAAUAUUUGCCCAGUUCAAAAUCCUUAACAAAAAAUCCUUGAAUGUGAUUGCUUUGGACUUUCCUUUCAUGUGUUUGUUUCUCAUUCAGGGUAAACAUCAUUCCAUGGUGCAGAGGUUAAGAAUGUAAAAUAACACUAUACUGUUUUAAUUUUUUCUUAAAAUGCAUGUCAUGUACUCAGUGUGGAGUCCAAUCACUGUAAACUGCAUCAUUAAUGUAACUGAUUCAUUCUUUUUGAAAACUAAAUGCAUUAAACAAACACAAAACAAGAAGGUUUAUAAAAAUC